ACCGCGUGACUUCCGGCCGUUAUGUAAACAGUGAAGAUGGCGGUCUCCUGUCUGCGCCGUGCCGUCCUCAGCCAGACCCUGAACAGGUUCAGGUCGUCGGGAGUGGACUUGAUCCGGAUCUUAUCAGGAAACAGGAAACCUGUCGGCGGCGGCUCUGUGACGUCAGAGUCUGUGGCGGGAAAACGCUGGGUCUGCGGAGUGAACGUGAGCGGACACGCGCCCAUUGGAAGAAACUGUGAAAACACACAGAGCGGAGGAGGAAGAGGAGGAAGAGGACGACUGUGGGCAGCAGUUGCAGCCUUCUCUCUGUUCAGCAGUUCUAAUGAGGACCAACGGGAUGAACUGCAGAGGAGAGAGGACGAGAUGAUCCUGCUGCUGAAGAAGGCCAAGCUGAGUCUGCAUCGGGGUCAGCUGCAGGCAGCCUCUGGUUUCCUUCAUCAGGCCGUUGCUCUGGCUCAUCAGACCCACAACACCCAGGCCAUCAUCUACACCUACAGCCUGAUGGCAAACCUGGCCUACGUCCAAGGUCACCUGGACAACGCAGAGAAACUCUUCAAAGCAGCGAUGAGCUUCAUGCUGUCAGGAGGAACUCCAGAGGACGACAAUGCCAUCAUCGAGAUGUCUCUGAAACUCGCCACCAUCUACGCCGAACAGAACAAGGUGGAGCUGGCUGAACAUGGCUUCAGGUUCUGUACAGAGUCUCUUGAGGCCAAACUGGAGAAACAGAAGGAUCUGCCAGCACAGGAGCAGACAGAGGAGCAGGAGGCCCAGAGGAAGGAGACCCGCCUCCUCCUCGGUCUGUGUUUGGACUCAAGGGCUCGAUACCGAGCGUCAACACGGCACCUGGUCCAGGCCGGACAGGACUACCAGAACGCCCUGAACAUCUGCUGCCAGGAGCAGGGAGAGACACACCCACAGACUCUGGUGCUGAUGAGUGACCUGGCCACCAUCCUGGAUCUGCAGGGUCGCCAUGACGAAGCCCUAGCCCUGGUCCAACAGGCCGUGGAUCGGAGCCGGUCUGCCGGACACCCGGACCAGCACGUCCUGCUGGGAAACAUGGCCGGCAUCCUGCUGCACAAAGGCCAGCUGGAGGACUCUGUCCGGUUCUACCACGAGGCUCUGAGUCUGGCCAGGCAGGCCGGGGACCAGGACGCCGUGGACAAGAUCCAGGAGGGACUGAAGGAGGUGAAGAAGAAGAGGGAGCAGGAGAGGAAGGAGGAGGAGCAGGAGGCUGCACAGGAGUGACCGGUGGUCUUGGUGAGUCCGUGGACAGACUGGAUGGUCCUCGUGACCAUGACGUGAGUCUUUCAGUCCAUUUGUUCAGCCAUGAAUCUACACAGCUGCUGACAGCUGUCCAGGAUUUCAGAGAGCCCUGUGAGCUGUCCUCUGCAGCAGCCUGCAGUGUCCACACUGUCUCUAACUGUUCUGGUCCCUCAGUUUUUGGUCCCCAGAGGACGAACCCUGAGGAUCUGAGCUGUUCGUAUAAAUGUUUCUUUCUCCUUCGGAUCAAACUGAAUCAAUAAAUCACUUUCAGAAGGUCCACUCACGUUUGGUCUCUUAGACCCUCUGUCUCCGUGUCCUGCUCUUCAAACCUAGCCACCCCCCAGAACCCCUACCCCCCCCCCCUCCCCCCCCCCCCCCCAGCCUCACCCCCAUGUCUCCAGGUUUACACACAACAAAAAAUGGAUUCCCAGUCUCACAGGAACACAGGUGUGUGUGCAGGUUCCCACAGGGUGUGAUGCAGGUGAACUUCCUGUUGUGUUUACUGAACAUGUCAGAAUAAAAGCAGGGUGAUGACAGUAAACAAACAGCAGACACCACAAACAGGAAUCAGCUUGCUUCUGCACAAACAGCAGAUUAACAACACACACACCUGCUGACACACACACUGUCGCAAACCACAAAACACAACACACACGAAGAGAAAUGAAAAUUCCUCCACGUCAAACAUUCACAAGUUCCUGAACAGGUUUUUAAAAAGCAUUGAGCCUGGCUCCGCCCUCAGGCUCCGCCCUCAGGCUCCGCCCUCAGGCUCCACCCUCAGGAUCCACCCUCAGGAUCCACCCUCAGGAUCCAGCUCAGUGCGGGAGCUGUGACCCGGCGACACGUGGAG